AUGCCAAGAGAACGAGGGAGGAUCCAGCCGGUGGGCUGCCAACAAUAUGAGGUGGACACUGCCCAGGGUGUCCCAGAUGCUGUAGCCCCGGAGGACAGAGAACAAUUAGAACGAAGGCAGAAAAAUCCAAAGAGCAAAGCCAAAGCCAGGGUCAAGGACAUACUUAGGCUUAACAACCAGGAGAUCAGAGGUCCGAAGAGCUUCCAGAGGGAAAUCCACAAUGGUGACAGAAAACAGUUCCAAGCUGGUCUAGUAGCGGCGGACGAUACAGGCAAAGUGAUGUUUAUUAAUGAAGCAGAAGCAGCUCUGGCCUGGUGUUUGAACCAUCCAUCUGAUGACUUGAUAGCCCAGAACUCACCAGCUCGACCCCCAGGACCAACUGACGCUGGAACCAGCUGUUCUGAUCCACCAGGUCAGGUAGCAGUUCACUUUGAUGCAGAAGAAACCAUAGUCCUGAUGGAGACCCAAACAGGCGACGGAAACCAGCGACGGAAUCCAGCGACGGAAACCAGCGACGGAAAGCGGUACAUUGUUGUGAACUGUGGAGAAACUAUCGAAUUCAAUGUCUAUGGAUUCCUGGAUGGAAGAGCUGUGGGGAAGAUGUAUGAAAUAUUUAAUGAUAACCUGGGAGGAAGAUCUGUGGACAUAAAGUUCUUUACAUUCCUCUGGAUGAUAUUCCAAGAACUCUGGAAAGAAUAUGAGGAAAACUUCCCCAAUGAGGUUCAGGAAAUGAUGAUUAAUUUUCUCCGUGUCAAACAUCUGGAUGAAGAAGUUUGGAUCCGCUGCCCAGAGAACCUGAAAGAGCAGGCUGCGAAAAAGAAAGACAUUGAGAGGUUCUUUGAUUCAGUGGAAGGAGCUUCCUGGGAUAAUAGAGGCAUCAGGAUCUCCAGAGAAAUACUGAGGUCUCUCUAUAGGGAGAUUCAGGUGGGAUUGCCUGCGUAUAUCAACCAUAUGUUAGGCAAAGAUUUCAACAUUGGUUCAAUUGUGUUAGUGGGGGGCUUAGCUCAGAGCCAGAUUCUACGUCAGAGCAUCACUGAAGAGUUUGGAUCUGACUAUAAAGUCCUGUGUCCUCUUAGACCCCAGGAAGUCAUCCUGAAAGGAGCUGUAGAGCUGGCAAUUAACCCAAAGUUGGUUUCUUUUCCAAAAAAAGCUGCAGGCCGCUUCAAAUGUUUUUCAUGACGUUUCAAUCUUGUUCUCUCUCUGGGAUCAGUCUGUCAGGAAGAUGUUUUAUCAGUUCUUCUAAGCUCUUUUUCUCUUUUUGUUCCUGCUGGUUCUUCUGUUCCUUCAGCUUCGCUCUAUGUUCCUCAUCUCCAUCUCUGGAUAUCUUUGGUUUUAUGUCCUUUAUCUAAAUAAUUUUCU